AGAUAUGCCAUCCUUGAAUCAAUAGGUGCCAAAGUGACAUGAAGUCGGUCUUAACAAUUAUAGAUCUAUUUUGUUUUUCGUAACUAUCACAGGCUACAAGUAUAUAUUCAAUUCUUUAGCCAAUGUCCCACAAACAUAAAAAUAUGGUCUUCAAAUGAAUUCCGAAAAAUUGUUCCAAAUCGUCUGUUGAAUGACAAAUACACACCAUACAUUUAUUUUGUGUCCUUUUUUAUGUUUUGAACUUGAGAUGAAAAUUGUGGAAAUAGUUCUCUAAUUUUGGUACUGUCAUUGCAGCGAGAGCCGCUAGAGGCAAUAAAAUUGCUUGCUUUCAAAACGGAAGAGCUUCAUAUGACGAGUAUGUCCAUGGCACGCUGUGGAAAACUUCUCGAACUAGCUGUUCUGCUUAUGGUUGCUUGGGAAAAGCUGUUAAAUAAAUCUAAAGUUGAUGACAUCCCCCCCUUAGAACAAUGCAUUAGGACAGAGUUACAAUGGACAGUUGUUGAGAAGACUAAAUUGUAUUGUCGCAUGGGUUGUAAUGAGGUGCUCAAUGCACAUAAGUGUAGAGAGAAGUUGUUGCUCGGUGCAGGUUCGAUGUUCCUCAUUUUUAAUCAAGUUGGUGGUAUUCUUGACAAGUUUCGUCUUUCAGAAAAAACAGAGCCAAUUGACCAACAUGAUCUCGCAAUAGAAUUUGCUGAGUGUAUGAGAGCAGCCAGAUUCAAGUUGGAGAUUAGCGGCACACGAGAAGAUAUAAGGUUUUUGAUCGAACAACCGAAGAAGCCAGAAGAAGUCAACCUGGAGAAAUACGUACACCAGGACGAAGAGAGCUGUCGUGGAGUUUCCCUAAAGACCCAAACUCAAUCUCGCUGAGCAAACUCGGAAUGCCAUUUUCAACAACAGAAGAAUUUCCAUUGUGAUGGCGAUAAAGGUAUCGGUUGGAAUGCUGUGAGCUUCUCAUAAUUCUCACGAGCUGUUCGGGAGAGUAAAGAAAAAUCUUACUUGAAAUCACCGUUUCCCCAACAGUUUGCCAAUUUCAACACAGCGCUGCCCACCUAACCCACGCCGCCAACGACAACCUCCUCCUUUACGCUACUUGAUAAAAUUCGCUCGAUCUUAUUGUGCCGAUCUUCAAGCUCGUGCUCAGAUCUAGCUGCUUAGUUGGUUGGGUUAGAAUAUCGUCCAAAGGUGUUUUGUGCUAGACCUUCGAUCACCAAUUUAUGGUACCUCGGAUUCAAAAUGAUGCCACCUAAUUACCAAGCCAUUGAUGAUAAAACGUGCUCACUCCUAGCUAUGCCUUUGGCUGUUACCUACUCUUACAAAAACACCCACUUCAAUAAAAACACCAGCAGGCCCUGUGUCUACCACUUCAAAAACAAAUAUUGCAUUUGAAUUCAAGGUCCCGAAUGACAAAAAGGAAGAAACUAUACUGCUACAUAUACCUUCUUCUUACUAUUUUGAACAAAAUCUAGCUUAGAUGUUUAAGAUUUAAAUGUGAAUCACCAUGUAAACAACUCUUUUUGUGCUCUUUGAAUGUACAAAACUAAUGUAAAUCAUUGUGGG